AUGUCGGUUGAGGUCUCGGGAGCUAGCAGAGAAAGUGGCAAGUACAGCGGCCAGCCCUCCCCCGCAUUCACCGUUUGCGUCGACCUUUCAUCAGCGCCGUUUCCAAGUGGCUACAUCGCCCAAGACAUUUACGCAAUGGAGACACCGUCUCACACAUCCCACGCGGGGCACUCCCGUCGUGAGCACACUAGCGGAUAUCUGCCCAUCGAAGACUACGGGAUGAUUGGAAACAUGCACACCUGCGCCCUAGUCGGCAUCGAUGGUAGCAUCGAUUACAUGCCCGACUUUGAUUCGCCCUCCGUCUUCUGCCGCCUCUUGGACAAGGACAAGGGUGGCUAUUUCAACAUUUCGCCGCCACCUGAGCUCGGGUGCACCACCAAACAGCAAUAUCUGCCUUGCUCGUGCCUUUUGCAGACUCGCUACAUCCAUGAAGACGGCGUUGUGGACCUCAUUGACUUCUUCCCUCGCCCCAGGAGCACCAAGGUCGUCUCCCGCAGCACCAGCGACCAGGGCUUAUUCCGUGAAGCGGCCAGCGUACAAGCUGAGCUAAAGAAAUGGCUCGUCCGUCGGGUGGAGUGUGUUCGCGGGUUCCUGACGAUUGAUGUGGAAAUCUUCCCCGCGUUUGGCUACGGCCAAGAGAUCCACGUCACCACCAUCCACCAGGAUGCACAGGGUCCGGUGGCCGAUAAGAGCAAGGUCGCCACGUUUCACAGCAAGGAUACCAAGCUGCAGCUUGAUGUUGUCGCCGAGAGUGCCAACGGGAAAAACCGCCCCAACAUCACCUUCACCAAGCAACAGCGAAAUGGAAUGCUUGGCGAGGGUCUUGUUGCUCGCGUUGAAAUCAGAGCGGGCGAGGCUCUUUCGUUUGUAGUUCGCAACGACAUUGAUAAUCAUGUGGACGAAAUUGUCACUACCGAGCUGCUCGAUAUGCAGCAACACGAUACCCAGGUCUUUUGGCAAGACUUCAUCGCGCAGUCCAAGUAUACUGGCCGGUGGGUGGAAGUUGUCUCUCGCAGCUUGAUGAUUUUGAAGAUGCUCACUUAUGAACCGACUGGUGCAAUUGUUGCUGCGCCCACAUUCUCUGUACCCGAGCACAUUGGAGGCGGCAGAAACUGGGACUAUCGCUACUGCUGGGUCCGCGACUCGAGCUUUACCAUUUAUAUUCUCCUUCGUCUUGGUUUCAGGGCCGAGGCAGACGCUUACAUGGAGUUUAUUAUGGAGCGCCUUCAGAGCCGCGCACCCGGCGAUGCGCUCCCCAUCAUGUUCACGAUCCGUGGCGAGACAGACAUUCCCGAGUCCACGCUGGACCAUCUUGAUGGAUACCGGGGCAGCCGCCCUGUUCGCAUUGGAAACGGCGCCGCAUUUCACAAACAGUUUGACAUUUAUGGCGAGCUGAUGGAUGGUAUCUAUCUCUACAACAAAUACGGAAAACCUGUCCCUUGGGACCUCUGGGUUGCAGUUCGAGAACUCUUGGACUAUGUCUUGACAAUCAAAGAUGAGCCCGAUAAUUCAAUCUGGGAAGUGCGCAAUCAGCGCCAGCACUUUACAUACUCCAAAGUCAUGCUAUGGGUGGCUUUUGACCGCGGAUUGCGCUUGGCAGACAAGCGCUGCUUUCCGUGCCCCAACCGCAACAAGUGGAUGGAAGCGAGAGACACACUCUGCGAGGAAAUCAUGACCAAGGGUUACAACAAGGAUCUAGAGUGUUUUGUCCAGAGCUACGAAAACAACUCCAUGCUCGACUCGUCGAUCCUGAUUGCGCCUCUUGUCUUUUUCAUUUCGCCGUGCGACCCUCGGUUCAUCAAAACCCUCGACAAAAUCCUACUGCCGCCCGAACAGGGCGGCCUCACCAGCACCGGUCUAGUAUAUCGCUACGACACCGAGUUAUCCGACGAUGGCGUCGGAGGCCGCGAAGGUGCCUUCAGCAUGUGUACGUUUUGGCUUGUCGAGGCCAUGACACGCGCCAGUGUGUACGAGCCCAAGUACCGUGGCCUUGCUCUGAACUUGUUUCAGAAUAUGCUGAGCUUUUCAAACCAUCUUUCCAUGUUUUCCGAAGAGAUUGCGCGCAGCGGAGAACAGCUUGGCAAUACGCCGCAGGCGUUUAGCCAUCUUGCUCUCAUCAGCGCGGCGUUUAAUUUGGACAGGGCAGCAGCGGGCUGGAAGGAGUAG